GUGCACGUGAUCAUGUGCUGUUUUGACGAUGGCGUAAUUUUAUAGCUUGAGGUAGAUCCAAUACCGCGCGAGCGCAAUUCUCGCGAAGUCUUCACUUUUCAGAUCUUAUUUAAAUGUGCGUCAGAAAAAUAUCACACUUACACCGGGUUAAUGAAGCCUGUUUACAGUCUAGAGACACCUCGUGAUACCGUCCAUGGUUAUAUUGUUAUUCGCGCGCCGAUUGGCCAGCACUAAAUAUUACGACUUUUUUCAUUGGAUAUCUAUUUAUAGAACUCAUGUGACUUGCAGGGGAAACCUCCCACACAAAAUGUAGAUUUCAUCUAGCGGUGUACCCGAAGUACACGGUAUGAAAUAAUACAAGUGUCACCUGACAACAUGGAAGCUGAUCAACCCGCGACACCUUCUCCGAGAGAAGGUUCGACAGAUUACACUCAAUAUGGCAUCACGGACGUCCCGAAGUACACAACACUUACAGCAUUCGGAAAGACAAAGACAUUUGCAGGACUGUAUCCAAAAGAAUGGGCCUUUCUGGUUGUGUCAACUAUCAACAUCUUGGCGGCGGUUGGACUGACCAUCUACAGGCUGGUAUUGGUCGUCCAAACUGACCCGGGGUCAUCAGAUUUCACCUUCACUAUACUCCUACUUAUCAAUGCUGGUUUCAGCGCCUUCUACGUCAUCCAUGGUGUGUUGCGUGAGCGUGUGUACGAGCUGUACGCACUAAUGGUGGCCAUCUUGGUUGUCACCAUGUACUGUGUGUUGGAGUAUGCGGCCUUCAAUGUAGAAGGGAGGACAGACGUCAAACUGGUCCGUAUGAUCUUAGCAUGCAUCUUAGCGCCACCAAACAUUUUGCUGGCCUGGUUUGUUGCGAAGGACUUUGGAUAUUUGGAGUUCAGAAUAGUUGGAGCUUCAGAAUAUCUGCAACAUCUCUACAGACAGGCAGCCAUAUUUUCCUGUUUCUUAAAGCUAGACUUGCAGGCAUCGAUAAGCUUUGUGAUCCUGGCUUUGAAGGAGGGUACCGACAUCACGGUGCUGGAAAAGGUCAAUCUGGGUGUGGGGAUACCAUACACACUGGUGUGGUCAGUACUGGGCUGGUUUGUGCUUCGCCGGGAACUGAAGGUGUGGGCGUGGGUGUUUGCUGUGGCUGGUGUUGUCAAGCCUACAUACUACCUGUAUAAAGUUAUAAAAGUGUACACAGUACUGGCAGACGACCCUGACUCCUACAGCAACACCAUCGUGUACUCCCUCCUCGCUGCAGGUUCUAUUGCCCUGAUCUCCUGGUUGAUCCUGAUGGUGGAGCUUAUCAUUGUAUACAGAAACUUUAACCAAGGACUCCGGGAAAGAGAUUCUGAAAAUCUAAAUUGAGCUUUUGAAGUCCUUGCAGCAGAAAACACCAACUUGCUGGCAGGACGAAGGUCAAGGUGGCAAUGAUUCAAGGUCAACAACUUCCAUGAUUCCGGUUGCCAUGGCAGUUGAACACAAGCUAUAUAAAAACAAGCAAAUCUGUGAUGUAGAUGAUAGUGUUUAUGUUGCAAGUGGCUGCUCAGUUUGCAAGCCUUCUUUUGUAAGAAUGAUCUUGAAACAUAGUGUUUGUGAAAUACUGUGGCAAUAUGUUACAUGUCUUAUGAAAUCACUAUGACACUUUGAUGGUGGAGUUCUCAGAUACAUUGGUGAAGAAGUUCAUGUUCAUGUUCAUGUUCAUGUUCAUGUUUCUGAAACCUU